AUGGUGUUCACCAAGGCCCCCGUCGCUGCAGCCGUGGUUCUGUUGGCACAGAUCUGCCUGGUCGAAGGCGCUAGGUACCUCAAUAUCACAGAUAGCCCGCCCCGGACGGUCACCGCCGAGCAGGGAUGCUUUACGGACUUUGGCCCGGUGUCCAAGGACAGCGUCCCGACGUUCUCUCGCCUGUACUCGUACACAUUCCCCGUCACCGCGUACAGCUACAUCAUCCCCUCCACUAGCACCAUCACCGUGACUCCCACAGUCUCUGGAGGUGGAGAUGGAGGAGGAGGAGACCCCGCCAUCACUUCGACGUCGACCGUCACCACGACCACCCACGUCUCAUCCCUCUACAGCCCAUCCACCGUGACGGCCGGGCCUCGCUUCACACCACUCGCCUCCGCCCUCAGCAGGCGGCCCGUAAUCCGACAGAUAGGGGAAGCCGACCUCAGCAUCGAAGACGUGCCCAACAACCUCGUUGUCGGCAUCGAUAGCUAUGGCGUGUCUAGAGCCGACCCGCCUCUAUAUCCGCAAGCCGUCGUCUGCGAAGAGAUCAUCCGUGUCUUCACUACUAGCACAUCAACCAUCACGGCGUCCUAUGCAGCCACGACGACAACCACUCUCCUGUUGCCCAGCGCGCUGCAGAACACGACGGCGGCGACGACUACGACGACGGAAACGUCUACAAUCACCGACGUCGUCUCGAACCCCACGCAGACCGUCUACCAGGCUUGCCAGGCCGACAACCUGGUGUCAGGCCACGACGUCCCGCCCACGUACUUCGUCGAGGCCGUGCACAACUGGUACAUCGUCCGCGAGGAGCGCAUCGUCGACACGGCGGAGAACUGCUGCAUUGCGUGCCAGAGGGAGGCCGACUGCGGCGGGAGUCUGUAUCACAUGUUCUCGGGGACGUGCUACACGUUCAGGACCGGAGGUGGUGGUGAGUUUCGGGAGCAUGGGAGGCAGGGUGGAACCGGGGAGCGGUGCAGGGCGCCGGGUGAGCUGCGGUCCAGCACCGACUUUGCCGACGGGGCCAUUUUCGUCGCCAGCAACGGGCAAUGCAGUGGGUGGUGGGUCUCGGACGAGGCGCCAAUCUAA